AUGCGCCCGCCCGGUCGCUGUCACUGCUCGUUCACCGGGGAGAGUCUCGGCUCCACCAUUCAACCCACGGGCAGCAGCAGCAGCAGCAGCAGGAGGAGGAGGAGGAAACAACAACUCGCAGCCGCCCGCCGCCAACGCCGCCGCCGUCGCCGCCAGCCAGCGCGAGCGAGCGCGAUCCCUCCGCCCGGAGAAAGAGUCCCCUCCUCCUCCGCGCCCCCUCCUCAGCCCCCACGGCCCCGCGCGCCGCCCCUUCCCCCCGCGCCCCCCUCCAGUCCCCGGCGCUGCCUGGCGGGGGCAGCCGGGGGGGAAGAAGGGGGGAGCCGGGCUCUCCUGCCCCCCGGCUGCCGCCCCGCUGCCGCGGCGGCCCCCGGCGCUGUCCGGCGCUGGAGGGGAGAGAGGGGCGAGCGCUACGCGUUUAUUAGCGGGAAGGCGGGCGGGCUGUGGCAGAAGAUGUCGGCGGGGUGGGCGGGAAGGCGGCGGGCGGGCGGUGAAAGGCGCUUUCUCUGCGCGGUGCCGGAGCGCGGAGGGAUACGACGCACGGGGAGGAGGAGGGGCUGCGGCGGGGCAGCGGCGACUCGCGGCGGCGGCGGCGCUGGAAGUUCCCGAGUUCUAGCGUCGCAAGAAUGGGAAGCGAGCGAAGCCAAAAUGCCCCCGGGGAGCGCGGCCCCACUGGGGAAGGCCGGCGCUUCCACACUCCCCGCUCGCCGAGGCUCCCCCCUAGCCCAGCCCGCUCCCUCGGAGCCAGCCAGGGACCUCGGGGCUCGGCCAGGGGCUUUGGCAUCUGCGCAUCAGACAUACGGGACUGACGAAUCUCCUGCCUUCCAGGAGCGAUGGGCAGAGAGGAGGAGUGUUGUCAACGAGAGGACGAGCGAUGGAUGGUGAUGCCUGCAACCUAUGGCUGAACUGGAGGUAAUUCACUAGCGGAUCGAUAACCUACCGAAGGUUCCUGAAAGGCUGCAACAUUGUACGGAGCCCGGUUAGCGGUUAAAUCGUUUCUUUAUUUAAUAUUUGCUAGCUUGAGGAUACUGAAUAAAACGUUCUAGUUUGUGCUCUGUUUCUUUACUGCUUACAGGAAAAAGGAAAAUAAAAACUAAGCAGAUGUCUACUGAUAAUUAGCUUUUUUAAAAAUCCAUAUCUGGUGAAGGAUUUAAAGGAGCAUGAUCUCGGUUGUCUUUAUGUUUUGCAACGUGUCUGCGCUUUUUCAGGUCGCGUUUGGGCCUUGCAAGAACGAAUGUGUUUGUGCACAAUAAGAAUUAAUUUAGCAGGGAUCAGUGUAAACAGGAGAAGCUGUAAUUUUUUAAUAUUCCUUUAGCCUCAGUUAUUAACUGAUGCAACUUGUGAAGCAAAGACAAAAGUAUAUUUGAAAUUAUAUAGAAACUAGACAAAGAACUAUUUUUUUACUGUACAUAAAACCCCCUGAAAUUCUCAACUAUCUAACUUCCAACAAAAUUAAAUUUGAACAUUUCUGUGCAGCUGGGUAGCAGAGGGUAACAUGAGUUGAGCAUUUUUAUACGUGUUUCCAAUGCCUGCAAGCUCAGUGCAUGAGCUUGAGCUUUGUGCUUGACAUGGUGAGAAAGCUUCGAUGCAAUCACCCUUCUGCUUUAUUGAAGAAAUGUUACCCUGAAAGGUUAAAGAAAGGAGGCUAAAAUAUCACUUAUUUCUAUUGUCUUAUUAUAAAAAUUAUUUUUAUAUAGUGGAUGUCUAGAUGCUGUGCAUUUUUUACACACAAUUAUACCAUGUCAUAAAAAAUAUUUAAAAUCCUAAUCUGGAAAUCGUUAUCAUAAGGGUAAAUGUAUUUUGUAGGAGACAUUAUUUUUUUAAAAAAAAAAAAAGCAAGACUGUAUGUACUCGAUUUGAUUGCUACAUCUGUAGCAAUAAUCACUAUGUGUUUAAAAAUGUACAUGUAUCUCCCUUUCCCCAGAUUUGUAACAAUAACCACUCUGAUUCAGCUUAAUUUUAAAUCCACACUUCAAGUAAUUGAAACAGAAAUGAAAGCAUAUUUAAUGUCUAAUAAAGAUUUUAAAAAUAAA